UCAGCGUCUGCUUGUCACUCGUUCAGAAAACGUCAUCACAGCUUGACUUUCCACAGUCUGCAAUAUGCAUGCACUUGCCGUACUUGCUGCUUUACUCAUUGCGUUUGGUGCAGUUAUAAAUCAUUAAUGCAAGCGGUGAUUUUGGGUAAAAUGUACUGAAUCCAGUUUUUGGAAAAUAUUAUACUGGAUACAACAAGGAAAAACAGCGCACUUAUCGUACUGAGAUAAUUAGGUUGCUCAGAAAAUACUUCGGGGGUACAGCCAGCUUUGAGGAUGUGGUCAGCAGAUGAGAUUGUCAGCCUGUGUUGUGAGCACUACUCUACUAAACUGCCCAGGAAAGGGAUGCCCGAGUCAGGCCGGGAGUGGACCCUGCUGGCUGCUGUGGUAAAGAUCAAAGCAGUACCAGAAGAAGACUCUGCGUCCAGUGGUGAAAAACAAAAAGCGUCAAAAGAGGUUGUUGCGUUGGGAACAGGAACAAAAUGCAUUGGCCAGUCAAAAAUGAGUAAAAAUGGCGAUGUGCUCAAUGACAGCCAUGCUGAGGUAGUUGCCAGGCGAGGAUUCCUCAGAUAUCUGUGCUAUCAGCUGCUGCUGGCAGUGCGUGGAGAAGAUAGCAGUAUCUUUACCCCGGGAGCAGAGAAGGGGAAGUGGAGGCUGAAACCUGGACUCUCUUUUGUGUUCUUCACAAGCCACACACCUUGUGGAGAUGCCUCCAUAAUCCCUAUGAUGGACAGAGAGGACCAGCCCUGCCAGCCAAUCAGAGCUGAGGAACCCCGUCUCACAGCCGCCCCCUCGACUCCGCGCCAUGGUAACGACAAGGAUCACAUGAGCGAAUCAGAGCCUGUAGCCAUGGACCUUAGACUGAAACGGAAACCAGAGGAAAAUAAUGCCGGCUCUUCCAUCAAAAGGAUUAAAACCGAGAAUUCUCUUUCCAGAAGCUCAUUCAGAGCAAAAGAGAAAGGAAAUCGAGUUUCAGAGAGCCAGGGGGACAGUUCAGGACAGGCUCUUCAAAAAGAGGAAGCAACCACUUCGGAGCAGGGGCCUGUGCUCAGCCUGACUGCUCAAGCUGAGGUGCUGGAUGUGCACAGGACCGGGGCUAAGUGUGUCCCAGGGGGUAGGCAAGACCCACACCAGGCCGGUGCUCAGUACCACAGUGUGGGGCAGUUGCGGGUGAAGCCGGGCCGAGGGGACCGCACACUCUCCCUGUCCUGCAGUGAUAAGAUGGCGCGGUGGAAUGUGCUGGGCUGCCAGGGCGCACUUCUCAUGCACUACCUGCAGGGGCCGCUCUAUUUCUCAGCAGUGAUCACAGGGCGGUGUCCCUACAGUGACGAAGCCAUGAGGAGGGCACUGAUCAGCAGGUGCUCUGCGGUGGAGUCUCUGCCUCCCGGGUUCACUGUCUCUUCUGUGGAGCUGCAGCAGUCACAGGUGGAGUUCAUUCACAGUCGCAGAUUGCUAGACGAGAACCAUGACCCCAGCAAAGGGAAGGUCACUCCUUGUGGAGCAGCUAUCAGCUGGUGUGCUGUCCCUGACCAACCACUAGAUGUCACUGCAAAUGGCUCUAAGCAGGGAGUGACAAAGAAAGCACUGGGUACUCCACAGGCCAGGUCACGGAUUUGUAAGGUUGAACUUUUCCUCCAAUUCCGAGAGCUCGUAGCAUCCACCCUGGAGGAGCAGCUCCCAGACUCCCUCAGGGAGAAGGAUCUGAAGACGUACUGGGACUUCAAGAGAGCUGCAGUGGGUUACCAGCAAGCCUGGCAGGCACUGCGACAGCAGGUCUUUGAAGCCUGGAUAAGAAGCCCAAGGGAGCUCCUGCAGUUUGAAUGAAGAAGCACGGGUGACACCUAGUGACAAUGCAGACUGGCUUGUAUCUCUGAAGUAAGAUCUUCCAAUAGUGGACGUUGGAUCAGGAAAACUAGCCAUUGUGGGCUUGCUGCGGGGUAAUUCGCUAGCGCCAUGGGCCUUUCACCUCUGGGGGCCACAGUUACAGCUCAGGUCACAAGUUGAAUGAGUCUGGUGGCCUCAGCUACCAUAUCACUAACCACAAUGGUACAUUGUUGGCUGUGUAGAGGUUCAGGUCAGAACUGACAUACUCUCGUUCUCAGAGCCCUGAGGGGAAAAGUCUAAUUUCCCCUUCCUCCAGGCAACGUGUGACUGUAGCCAGUGCCAUUGACACUUGGAAAUUGGAAAACAAAAAGGUGUAAUCAGUUACAUUAAUUUAAGAAUUGCAUCACUGUAACGGAUAUUGUACGAAAUUUUAAAAUGAUGCAGUUCAUCCUAACGCCCCUCAUACGCUGUGUACUCUUAAAGAGUUUCAAUAAUACAACGAUUCCAGAUAGUAGGGAGCACCGGUAAUAUAAUACUCCAGUAAUUAUAUACUCUAUAUUAGACUGAAAACUGCUUAAAAGAAGAUAUUGUGGAGUGGGAUGUUACUGAAGCUGGACUGCUGACAGGAGAGAGUCAUCGUAGCACAGAACUCGCUUACCAUCAGACAAAGGGAACCCUGUUAGCACCAUCUCUCCUGCCCUGUUUGUGAUACUGAAAAUGUGACCUUCAGAAAUAAGAAUCCUUCAAGAAACUGCUUGAUGAGAUUCUGGGAUCAAUAAGCUACUAACAACCAAACGAGCAAGAUGGGCUGAAUGGCCUCCUCUCCUUUGUAAACUUUCUUAUGUUCUUAUGUUCUUAGAAGUAAAAAGACUGUUACCAUAAGAAAAUACCAUGUAAACGUGUACAUGCCUGUAUAGAAAAAAAAAUGGCAAGAAACUAGAGGUACUGUUGGAACAGGUAGAGAAUCUGGAACAAAGAACCCAUUGGGAAAAAUUACAUUAAUCACAGGAUUGAUAUUUUAUAUGCAUAAUACAAAGGUAAAUACUGUAUAUAGUACAAAUACUGUUCCUCUAUUCAGAUCUGUAGCCUCUUAGAAUGGAAAACCAAAACAUCAGAGCUCCAUGCUGUGGGAUUAACUGCACAUUAACUGCAUUGUGGUCAUAUUUUCCUUUUAUAGAAACAUGCAUAUUCCCACCAGGAAUAUAAUCAUUUAGGUGUCAACACUAUGCAAAAGUAAGUCCCCAUGGCCAGCUUACAAAGUUAAUAAAAAUGGGAUAAGCAGUCCCCAAGAUAUGACCUGUAUUAACUUACUCAUUAAGGUGUUAUGUCCUCAUAUUAUAUAGUAAGUUUUCUUCAUACAGUGAUGUGUGGUUAGCAAGAUGCUUACACAAUUUCCAUGUUGAUGUGUGAUUUAUUUAUCUUUAAAUUUAGAGUGCCUUGUUAUUUCUCCCCAAUUUCGAAUGUCCAAUUAUGUUCAAUUACCGCAGCAAUUCCCCACAGCAGCUCAGGAGAACUGAAGGUGUGCUCUGAUCCCAUGGCCAAACCAAUUGUCUCUUUACACUGAGGAACUCGAGAGCAAAUGUCUUCCAGAGCUGUCGGCCUUUGGAGGACAAAUGCCAGACCUGCAGGUGACCACUUGAGCUCACCUGGUGCCAGACCAACAGGAUCCUCUAUAACGCCAUCUGGAGAGUCUGUCCCUGCAGAUUUUGUUUCCCAAACCGACAGGAGCACCAGAUCCUGUGUGACUAUCCCUGUGGCGUCCCCAGCAAAGACUGGCAACUUCACACAGCAAGGUUAUGAACCUGCACUUCACAAACCAUAUGACGCCCUGCACACCACGGAGCUGUGCCUUGAAGCUUUCCAGUGUGAUGAAGUUAAGCACACCUAUCUCAAGAUUAAUCACACGUUAUUGCGAUUUGGAAUUUGUCGCUAGCAACCGACUCCUGUGAGUUGUACUGGCCAUUUGCAAGCAUUUGUCCUUAUAACUCUGUUUUAGUUUAAUGCUAUAUUAAGUUAAUGACCAAUCAAGAGUUAAACAAAACUAUUAAAUGGUUACAGAAAGUGAGAUUGAAACAUUUUGACCAAAAGUUAGGCCUUUUAAUUACAGCACAGUUAGACUAGAGCCCAUUGUGACAUAAUAAUGAAUGACUCAAAACACCAUUAAACUACUUGAAGCUUAAAUCAGACAUUUGUCUAUGCUUCAGUGCCGUGAUCUGGAUUCAGCUGGAGUUAGUGUUCAUUGUGAUUGCUUUCCAAGCUUGGCUUAGAUUGUUAUUCAGAGUUAGGACACAGCAGGGUUUCAUCUGUCAGCCAUAUGGAACUAAACAGUGAUUGCUGGCACAGGGAUAUAAACAUGUUGCCAGGUUUCAUGAACUAAUCAAAUAGGACAACAAUAUUAACCCAUUCCUGUAAGGUGUGUGGACUGAACUUGCAAAAAUCGAACCUUUUUUUUUUUUUUUUUUUUUGCCGCACCAUGAUUAACAGCUCCGUUGAUUACUGUGUUAUUAUGCAGUUAGU